CGGCGGGCGGGGCAGGGCCCGGUUGCGGGUGUGCGCGGAGCCGGCGGAGGGCGUCGCAGCGCCGCGUUGGCGCGCACGCGCCUGAGCGCGCGCCCGGUGCGGCCGGCCGGGACUCGCCGCUCGCACGCCCUUGGGCCGCGGCCGGGCGCCAGUUGUCCCUUCCGUUAACGCUGUCGGCCGAGCCGACGUAUGUGCGGCAAUAUCAUGUCUGCUCCGCUACCUGCCAUAGUGCCUGCUGCCCGGAAGGCCACUGCUGCGGUGAUUUUCCUUCAUGGAUUGGGGGAUACCGGGCAUGGAUGGGCAGAAGCCUUAGGCGGUAUCAGAAGCUCACAUAUCAAAUAUAUCUGCCCGCAUGCGCCAGUUAUGCCUGUUACAUUGAACAUGAACAUGGCUAUGCCUUCGUGGUUUGAUAUUAUUGGGCUGUCACCAGAGUCACAGGAGGAUGAACCUGGAAUUAAACAGGCAGCAGAAAGUAUAAAGGCUUUGAUAGAUCAGGAGGUGAAGAAUGGCAUUCCUUCUAACAGAAUUAUUUUGGGAGGAUUUUCUCAGGGUGGAGCCUUAUCUUUAUACACUGCUCUUACCACCCAGCAGAAACUGGCAGGUGUGACUGCCCUCAGCUGCUGGCUUCCACUUCGGGCCUCAUUUCAGGGUCCUAUCAGUGGCGCUAACACGGAUAUUUCUAUUCUUCAGUGCCAUGGAGAUUGCGACCCUCUGGUUCCCCUGAGGUUUGGUUCUCUUACUUCUGAAAAACUAAAAACAUUGGUAAAUCCAGCCAAUGUAACCUUUAAAACCUAUGAAGGCAUGAUGCACAGUUCAUGUCAGCAGGAAAUGAUGGAUGUCAAGCAAUUCAUUGAAAAACUCCUACCUCCAAUUGACUGAGUCACUAAGAGGCCUUGGUAGAAGUACACCAGCAUCAUUGUAGUGGAGUGUAAACUUUUUCCUGUGCCCAAUCUUCAAACUUCUAAUGUUUGCAGUGUUAAAACGUUUUGCAAAUACAUGCCAAUGACACAGACUAAAUAAUGUCUCCUCAUAGGAAAUUUAUGAUCUUUUAAAUUUCUAUACAUGUAUUCUUAUAAUCUGAUUCAGAAAAUUAGUAGUGUUAAAAUAGGUGAAGUAGCUAGCUUCUAUUUUCUCAAAUGUAAUUCACCAAAGUAAUAAAAUAAUGCAGCCAGACUUUUUAUUACAUCAUUUGAAAAUUACUAGUAUGCUUAAUGAAAAUUUGUUCAGGUAUAAAUGAGCAGUUAAGAUAUAAAUGAUUUAUGCAUACUGUGACUUAAGUCUAUGGAUUUAUUCCAAAGUCACCAUGCAGUGUCUGUAUUUUGUAUGUGUGUUCAUGUAUGCGUAAUGAUCAUAAUACAUGCUAAGAAUGAGGUGGUGUUACAUUAUUCCUAAUAACAGGGAUAAUGCUUUUUAGUGUCAAUGUAGAGUAAUAUUGCUCUCUUCAAUUAAUGGCCCUUUUAUUUUGGGACCAGACUUUUCCUUUCCUUGGUACCAUUUUUACUUAAUAUUCUUUUCUUCUCUCAAGCAAAAAAAAGGGUUUUUCCUUUUUUACUGUCCUUAGAAGGCCACUUACUGUCUCCCUGUCACAGACAGCUACUGUCAGUGUGUGCUGUAAUCUGACAUUCUGAGUCAUGGACGUAAGGUAUUAAAAUCUGUCCUUCAUAAACAAAGCAGAUGUUACUUAAAACUUUCUGUACUACUUCUUUCAAAUUUUCAAAUAGCUAUACCUUAGUCCAUAUUUAAACCUACUUAAUUAAUAGACAAUUCAAUCCAGAUAACAGGAAUUUCUCUGUGGUUUAAUUUUUUCUGUAAGCAGCUGAAAGAAUAAUUAGGUCAUAUUCUAGUAUGUUCUGCAGUAUUUACUGAUCUUUAAAACCAGUUUCUGAGAUGAUUUAGUCUCCUUAUAGCACAGAAUUUAAGUUUACUUAUUUGGUAUGUAUGUUUGAAACCAACUACUGUAGAAAAUGAACAAUCCAUUAAAAAAUUUUGCUUUAUUUUUAUCUGCCAAUGGACUUAAUAUGAAAUUUUCACUUUAGUCUUGAUAAUUUCUUUUAAAAUUAAUUUCUGUGUGAAUAUAAAAAUAGCAAUCAUUUGAUUUUAAAUAGUCAAAAUUUCUAGGUUACUGGCAAAAAUUAUUUGAGAACAAAUUUGUGGGUAAGAAAGAUUAGUCAGACCCCUACACAUAUGAUGUAAUUGCCAUACAUUUUAAUAUGGUGCAAAGAUGUAUGCUCAGUAUUUCUGAAGUGUUAAUUUUUCUGCUGUAUUCUAAUUGACCAAAACAAUGUUAAGAAUGCAUCUUUAUAAAUGGGUGCUACUCAAUAAUGAAUAUAACUUAGUCAUGGACUAUAAUAGGAUGUUAAUAAUGAAGCCAUAUGUUUAUGUCUGCAUUUAAAAAUUUUAAACAAUCAUUUAUUAAGUCAUAUUGCUUUACCUUGAAGAACAUAAACUGCUGUUUCAGUUACACAGAUUGUCAAGAUCUUAUUUAUGACAAGAAAUAUUCCGUUGAAAUGUUAUGCUGUAACGUGGAAAAAUGUAAUGUUUUUCACGGUUUCUAUCAAUGUGAAAUAAAACUUAAUUCUGACU